UGCGGGCUGUUGCGUGCGUGCUCUGCUAGCCAUGUCGGCGGCCAAGGAACCUCUGGAGUUCCAUGCCAAGCGACCCUGGCGCCGGGAGGAAGCGAUAAAAGAUCCGGACGAGGAAGAUGAGAAUGAUAGCGGUAAAGCCGAGAAUGGCUUCUCCCUGGAGGAAGUGUUACGCCUCGGAGGCACCAAGCAAGAUUACCUUAUGCUGGCUACUUUGGAUGAGAAUGAGGAAGUGGUGGAUGGAGGCAAAAAAGGAAUAGUUGAUGAUCUUCAACAAGGUGAAUUAGAAGCAUUUAUCCAAAAUCUUAAUUUGGCCAAAUAUGCGAAGUCUUUAAUUGAAGAAGAUGAGCUUGCUAAAAAAGAAAAUGCUGGCAAAAAAGAAGCAAAAGUAUCUAAAGUAGAUAAUAAAAAGCAAAAUGCAGAAAAGAAUGAAAGAACAUUGGUCAGCAAGGUAAAAAAUAAGAAUAAGCCGGAACAGCGUUCUGAUAAGAACAGCAGUCCCAUAGUGAAAGAGAGCAAAGGUAAACAACAGGACAUCUUUGAAUUUUUUGAGAGACAGACAUUGCUACUCAAGGCUGGAGGCAAAUGGUAUGAUCUGGAGUAUAGCAGUGAAUACUCCUUGGAAACCCAGUCUCGGGAUGCUGUGUCUAAGUACAAAAUCCUGGCUCAGAAGCUGUAUGAACAUGAAGUCAACUUAUUCAGAAGUAAGACAAAUAAUCAAAAGGGAGGCUCUUCUACCUGGAUGAAGGCAAUUGUAUCAUCAGGAACACUAGGUGACAGGAUGGCAGCCAUGAUUCUUCUCAUCCAGGAUGAUGCUGUUCACACACUCCAGUUUGUAGAAACGCUCCUGAACCUUGUUAAAAAGAAGGGCAGCAAACAGCAGUGUCUUAUGGCUUUGGAUACUUUCAAAGAGUUGCUCAUUACAGACCUUUUGCCAGAUAGUCGGAAAUUGCGCAUUUUCAGCCAACGUCCUUUCAAUAAACUGGAACAGUUGUGCAGUGGCAACAAAGACUCAAGAGAUAGAAGACUGAUAUUGUGGUAUUUUGAACACCAGCUGAAACACUUAGUAGCUGAGUUUGUGCAGGUCUUAGACUCAUUAAGCCAUGAUUCCUUAGUGGCCACUAAAAUCCGAGCCCUGCUGGCUGCUCAUGAGCUUCUUUGCAACAAGCCUGAGGAAGAAAAGGCUCUUCUUGUGCAGGUGGUGAAUAAACUGGGAGAUCCUCAGAACAGAAUAGCCACAAAGGCCUCUCAUCUAUUAGAGACAUUGCUUUGUAAGCAUCCCAAUAUGAAAGGAGUUGUGUGUGGUGAAGUAGAAAGGCUACUCUUCCGCUCAAAUAUCAGCUCCAAAGCUCAAUAUUACGCAAUUUGCUUUUUGAAUCAAAUGGUCCUCUCCCAUGAAGAAAGUGAAUUGGCUAACAAAUUAAUAACACUUUACUUUUGUUUUUUUCGGACUUGUAUCAAGAAAAAAGAUAUUGAGUCCAAAAUGCUUAGUGCUCUUUUAACAGGUGUGAAUAGGGCAUAUCCGUACUCCCAGACUGGUGAUGACAAAGUGAGGGAGCAGGUAGAUACAUUGUUCAAAGUGCUGCAUAUUGUAAACUUUAAUACCAGUGUGCAAGCUUUAAUGUUACUUUUCCAAGUAAUGAAUUCUCAGCAGACAAUAUCGGAUCGAUAUUAUUCAGCAUUGUACAAAAAGAUGUUGGAUCCAGGGCUGAUGCUGUGUUCCAAACAAGCUAUGUUUCUUAACCUUGUCUACAAAUCCCUGAAAGCUGAUAUUGUGUUGCGCCGGGUGAAGGCUUUUUUGAAGAGGUUGCUACAAGUCACUUGUGCACAGAUGCCACCUUUCAUAUGUGGAGCUUUGUACCUCGUGUCUGAGAUCCUUAAGGCAAAACCAGAUUUAAGAAGUCAACUAGAUGAUCACCCGGAAUCUGAUGAUGAGGAAAAUUUUGUUGACAUCAGAGAUGAUGAUGACAUAGAAAAAGUCAAUGAAGCAGACAAAGAAGUAGAAAUAGAUGCAAUAAAAAAAAUUGAGGCAGAGGAAACUGUGUCUGAAAGUGAUACAGACAUUAAAAAACCAAAGACUGCUUCCUGGGUACAUUUUGAUAAUUUGAAAGGUGGCAAACAGUUAAAAACAUAUGAUCCAUUCAAUAGAAAUCCUUUGUUCUGUGGAGCUGAAAACACAAGUUUUUGGGAACUCAAAAAGUUAUCUGAGCAUUUUCAUCCCUCUGUGGCCCUUUUUGCAAAGACUAUCCUUGAGGGAAAUUAUAUUCAGUAUUCAGGGGACCCACUGCAGGAUUUCACACUAAUGAGAUUCUUAGAUCGAUUUGUGUACCGAAAUCCAAAGCCACGUAAAGGCAAAGAAAAUACUGAUAGCGUCGUGAUGCAGCCAAAGAGGAAACAUUUUAUAAAGGAUAUUCGUUGUCUCGCUGUGAAUAGUAAGGAGUUCCUUGCAAAAGAAGAAAGCCAAAUACCAGUGGAUGAAGUGUUUUUCUACAGGUAUUAUAAAAAAUUUGCUGUGGUUAAAGAGAAACAAAAACGAAAUGCAGAUGAAGAAAAUAUAGAAGAUGUGGAUGAUGAGGAGUUUGAGAAGAUGAUUGAUACAUUUGAAGAUGAUAAUUGCUUCACCUCUGGAAAGGAUGAUCUUGACUUUGCCAGCAAUGUGAAAAAAGGAACAAAAAGGGCUAAGAAUGACUUGGAAGAUGAAGACUCAGAGGAUAGUGGUGAGGAAUUUGGUAACUUGGAUGAUGAUGAAAUUUCUUUAGGAAGUAUGAAUGAUGAAGACUUCACUGAAAUUGAUGAAGAUGGAGGCACAUUCAUGGACAUAUUAGAUGAUGAAGGUGAAGGCAAUCCAGAAUUUGAUCAAGACAGCUCUCAAGUCAAUACUAAAAGAACCAAGAGAACGAAUACAGAUGAUUUUGACUUUGCUGGGUCAUUUCAAGGACCAAGAAAAAAAAAGAAAAGAAACCUCAAUGACUCUAGCCUAUUUGUAUCUGCUGAAGAGUUUGGCCACCUAUUGGAUGAAAAUGUGGGGUCCAAGUUUGAUAACAUUGGCAUGAAUGCCAUGGCUAACAAAGAUAAUGCAAGUCUCAAACAGCUUAAAUGGGAGGCUGAACGCGAUGACUGGCUACACAACAGAGACGUGAAAAGUAUCAUACAGAAAAAGAAAAAUUUCAAAAAGAAGAGACUGAAAACCACUCAAAAACAUCAAAAGGCAAAGAAAAUGAGAACUUCAAAGUAAAAAUAUAAACUGAGAUUCUACUUACUCUUAAUUUUUGCUACCCAGCCAUUUUUCUUGGUCUUGCUCUCUGGUCCCAUACAUUCCAGACUGUUCAAUAGAUUUGUAAUAAACUAUAAAUAAAAA